AUGGCCGAGGAUCGCUUUGAUCAAGCACCUACAACACUCCAGGUACAACUUUACCUCGAAUGGUUUGCGCAGACAAGGACAGGUAUUUUGGAGGAGAAUAUAACGGAUGUUACCGUUCGCAACCGCCUCUCAUGCCUCAAGCGUACUGUCAAACUGCACACGCAAUAUCAGUACACACAGCUCCAAAACGCAGAGAUCGACAAGUUCAUCGAAAAGCGUUUGGUUUAUGGGAAGCAUGUCUCAACAUGUGCUCGAAAAAAGCCGCUUGCACCACUCGGCGUGGCUGAAGACAUCAUUCGCUUUCUCUUCGCCUGUGACGAGUAUAUGGGGUUGCACCAUCGUCUACGCAACCAGAUGGCUUUUGCUAUCCAACUCAUGUUGCUUAUUGGUGUCCGGCCGGGCGAGAUCAUUGAAUCUGAUGCGUGGCGUCAAUCCAAUGAAGGCCUGCAUUAUAGAGAUGUUGAGCUCAUCUACCAGCGUACCGAAACAUACCACGGAUGGCUCCUCUAUGUCAAAUUGAGGAACCGGAAAGGACAUCGUGAGUACAAGAAGCACGCACCAACCAUGGUUCUAUACGAAGAGCCGCUCAUGAGAUACAUGUGUCCGGUCACGUGGUUUUUAUCUCUUGCCUUCGCAGAUGGCGUUUUUAGAGAUCUAUCUUCAUACAAAGACCUCAGCAAAGUAGAGCCCCCGCCAGGGAGCUCCCUUUACAGAGCCAAGUACACAGAUGUGGCUUCAGAGCGCCCUAUCAUGCGGAAUGUGCGCGCGGAUGGAACGAUAUCCGAAGACAAAAUCUGGACCUACGACUGCUUCAACUUAGCAUUGAGGGGUACUGGACAA